CACCUCAACCUCGCUCGGCAUCAACUACACUACAUAUGCCAUCACAAGCUUCACCUCCGCAGGCUGCGUCUCCGCCCAACCCUCUCGCUCGAUAGUCCCAUCAUCAACGCCGUGCAUCGCCAUCGCCAGCAUCAUCAUCGUCUCCCGUCCGCCCGCCCGUUUCGCGCGACCACCCCAUCCAUCGCCAUGGCGUCCGCGCCAUCGACGCUCGGCACCGCCGCCAUCCUCGGCGGCAUGGCCGACGCCCUGCCCGCGCACCCGCCCAACGACGACUCCUCCGACCUCGCCAGCUCCUACGAGGCAGUCGCCCUGCUUAUCCACGCCUACCUCGCCGCUCUGGGCUUUGAGCUCUGCGGCUUCGACGAGGACAAGCCCGUCGGUAAGUUGACCAGCGAGCCAAGGAGGACGGGCGGGUCACCAUGCAGAACAAAGGGGAGGGGGCGGGGACCGAGGAAGUGAGGAAGAGAUAGAGGAAACACCAAGAUGGGGCGCUGUUAUUGCUGCUAACGCGACGCUCGCAGACUGUGCCGCCACCGCCCCCCGUCUGCCGUCCCAGUGGAACGACCGCUUCGGCGCCCUCUCCUUCGUCUACCGCCACAAGCAGUCGUCGAUGCGCUUCGUCAUCCGCGUCGACCGCAUGGGCGGCAAGGUCGAGGUCCGCGGCCUCGCCGUCGGCGCCGACACCAUCCACCGCUUUGAGCGCGCCGUUCGCGACGUCGUUCGCGCAGACGGCCUCCCCCUCCGCGUCUCUCUGAACCCCGACGGCGCCGAGGACCGCUCCGACCUGGUCGACAAGAUGCGCGCGCUUUUUGUCUCGGAACAGGCCAUUGUCGACAUCCUCCACGACCUCAAGGUCAAUAUCGUCCAGAAGCUCAUCCCCAAGCUCCAGCGCGAGGGCUAUGUCGAGAUCGACGACCGCGACGCCCAAGAGGCCGCCCAGGCCGAGCGUCGCGCCCAGGAAGCUCGCGACCCGGAUCGCCCCUUCCGCGGCGGCGAGCCCCAGCAGCCGCACCCCCAUCCGCAUCCGCACCCGCUGCCCGACCUCGCCCGGCCCCGUCCCGGUGCCCCCGUCGGCGACUUCCCGCCCCCCGGUUUCGAGGACGAAUACGAGAUGAAUCGCCCCCCGCGCGCCGGUGCCGGCAUCGUCUUUCCCGACGGCCGCUCACCCUUCAACAUCGGCCACGACGACCUGAACCCCCCCGGCCUCGGCCCCCACGAUCCGCUAAGGGGAUCGUUCGUCCCCGGAGGCGGGUUGCCGCGCCCGGGCCGCCCCUCGGGCAUGCACCCGACGUUUGACGACCCGCUCUUUGCCGGGCAGCGCGGCCCAGGCGGCUUCGUGAGCGAUGGCGACCCCUCAGCCGGCUACGUCGACCCACAGUCUCCCCCGGGCGCGCGUUGGGAUCCCGUCGGCCCCGGCGGCGGUCCGCGACGCGGCGGGCCCGGCGGCUCCCGUGGGGGCGGCAACUACCCCUUUGGUGACUUUGGCGGCGGGGGAGGCUACGGCGGAGGUGGCUUCGGCGGCGGCGGGCACAUCAUUUAGGCUUUCGCGUUGCUUUCGUGCCACGAAGAGAUGGGAUGAACGGAACAUUGAUGGCAGGAGAGGCUGCCUUGUACGAAGUAAACGAUUUUGAUACCACCGACGAGUUGCACACACGCUCUAUGAUCACAUGAAGGAAUCACAACGACCCAAGAUUGAUGGACAAGUUCAAAAAAAAAAAAAACCCCCCCCACAUGUACCAUUACCUUUGUCUUGUAAUCCCUCGCUCACGUUCGAAAUUUUUGAAUUUGUAUUACUACUUUUCUGUUCACUAUUCUUGCCCUGAACUAGUGAGGGUGGGGUAACAGCUUCGUCGUUCGUCCUUUUGUCUCUCUUUGUACGUUCGUCCGUCUAUCUAGUUGCUCAGAAUACCCCUGCGUGGUCACGUAUCG